AUGGCUAUUGGCGUAGGCAUUUCUCAUAAGCUAGCUGACGCUGCGUCAUGUUUCAUGUUUAUCAACACGUGGGCAUCCAUUGCGCGUUGUGAUUAUGAUGACACGUGUCAUUUCUCCCCCUCUUUUGACUCUUCAACACUUUUUCCACCUAAGGACGCAUCCCUAGUUAGGGAUGCGUGCUUGGAAAUUCGAAAGGAAAACAUCGUGACCAAAAAAUUUGUGUUUUCUAACUCCGAUAUAUUAACUCUCAGGGAUGAAUAUGCGGAUCAAAGGAUGAAGGGCAGUGUAUUCGAAAGAAUAGGACAACGCCCUUCGAGGAUUCUAGCUUUAUCGGCGUUUUUGUGGAGCCGUUUCAUGGCGACCGUUCAUUCCGAAAGGGACCCGGACAAGAUUUACGCGGUGACACAUACAGUCAAUUUGCGGGGGCGGACUGAUCCGCCCCUGCAUGAAUUUUUAUUCGGGAACAUAAUGCGGUCUGCACUUGUGGUCCCAUUUUUCGAUAAAGGUAGUGAAAACGAAGUUUUUGAGUUUAUGAAUAAAGUAAGAGAAUCUAUACAAGAAAUUAAUAAUAAUUUUGUGUCACAAUUCAAGAAAAAUGAUCAACAACAUUUGAAUUUGCUACAAGAAAAAGCAAAUGAAAAAAGAAAAGGGCACAUGGAAUUGCUUUGUUUUUCAAGUUUGUGUAAAUUUCCCCUUUAUGAAGCUGAUUUUGGGUGGGGCAAGCCCAUUUGGGUCGGGUCGGGUCGACUCGCUACGAAAAAUAUUAUUGGAUUUAUGGAUACAAAAUUAGGUGAUGGAGUGGAAGCUUGGGUGAAUCUCGAAGCCCAUGACAUGGCUAAAUUCGAAGCUGAUAAGAAGUUGCUAGCCUUUUGUAGAAACAAGAUAUGA